AUGGAGGAGAGCAUCAGCGCCGGCCUGCCAAAGUGUGUGUCAGGUGACAUUGGUUGUGACCACGAACUGGCAUAUACCUACUAUCUAGAGAGCAUCAGUUAUGGCAUAGACGACACAUACUUCCUUGCUCGUAAUUGCUCAGCUUGGAAUCAGUAUGAAGAAGGAGAAUGUCCAUGCGGAGAUGAGGCUCAGUACAUGGGCUUUUUCGUUAAUCCAGCAGUGACCGGAGUAUUUUACCUGAACACCAGUGUCGCCCCUCCCUUUGCCAUGAGAGACAGUGUUUGCAGCCCUGGAAGCAAGACCAAUGAUAGCUCCAACAUCAUCAUCAUAGCUUCUUCCACAUCAGCUUCUGUUGUAGUUAUAGCUGUUGCUGGUGCUGUUGUAUUUGUUGUUAGGAGGCGGAAGCAGCAAGCUGACAGUGGCUUGUUAGUGGAAGAGGAGGGAGAGGAUUGUGAUGAUGCACUUCUGGAUGUAUAGCUUUUACCUCUUUAGCAAAUGGUACAUGUGGAAGAACAUUCCUAAACUUGCAGUUGUGAGAGUUAUCUGUUAUACAGAUAUGUUUAUUUUUCCAGGAAGAAAAUACUGUAAUGAAUGAGUAAAAAUGUUUUCAUGUAUCAGAGCCAAAGAUAGAUUCCUUUUAAGAGAAUUUGUGGCAAUCUAGGAUAUAAGAAAAAAGUUUUUGCCUCCGUGAAUAUUAGAUUUAAGUAAUGAUUUUUAAAUAUGAUAAAAUCUACUUAAAUGACUUUUUAUGUACAAGUAACCUGAGUCAUUUUUGACAAUAGCAAUAAAUCUAUAUAAUAAUGUCAGGUUUAAUAGGUUUCUACUUUUUUAAACUUAUAAUGAUGAAGAUUCUCUUUGGUGAACCUCUUUUAGAUUUCUAGAUUUUUAUCAACAAUAUGAUCAACAGAAAAUACAUAUAUAUAUAUGCU